AUGGGGUGCACACGCGAUGCCAUCCUGGAUGCGCUAGAGAACCUGACUGCAGACGAGUUCAAAAAGUUCAAGAUGAAGCUGCUUUCAGUGCCGCUGCGGGAAGGCUUUGGACGCAUCCCCCGGGGGACCCUGCUGCCCCUGGACGCCGUGGACCUCACCGACAAGCUCGUGAGUUACUACCUGGAGGCUUACGGCGCCGAACUCACGGCGCUUGUGCUUCGCGACAUGGGCAUGCAGGAGGUGGCAGAGCAGCUGCAGGAGGCCAUGAGCAAGGGCCCUAGAAACGUGCCAGCCGAGGUCAGGGCCCCUCUCCAGAAGACAGCCAAGCCAGGACCACACUUUGUGGACCAGCAUCGGGCAGCACUCAUUGCACGGGUCACAGUCGUGGAUGGGGUGCUGGAUGCCCUGUACGGGAAGGUCCUGACAGAGGGUCAGUACCAGGCAGUGCGGGCGGAGCGCACCAGUUCGGAGAAGAUGAGGAAGCUCUUCAGCUUUGCUCCAGCCUGGAACCUGGCCUGCAAGGAUCUGCUCCUCCAGGCCCUGAGAGACAACCAGCCCUACCUGGUGGACGACCUGGAGCAGAGCUAA